AUGGAUCACAACGCCCAAGACGGCGGCGUAUCGUACGAGUCAGAUGUCAGGUCGCUGGCCAAGGCAUCGAAACGGCCUGUUGGGGCGCUCCUGGCCUUGCUCCUGCUGGUCAACCUAUCAGCGAGUCUUUACCAGCUCCCACUCAAUAGGGUCAUUGAACGACGGCUGUGCCUGGAAUACUACGCCGCCCAUGACCCCUCACAAAUUGGCGACGAUGGAGACAUUUUGGAAGAUCUGUGCAAGGUGGAUGACGUCCAGAGAGGUCUCGCGUGGAUUCAGGGGGCCAUGGACACUGCUUGGAUUGUUGGUGACUUUGUCAUGACCAUACCACUGGGUUUCAUGGCUGAGAGAUACGGACAGCGCGCGAUUCUAUGGCUUAAUUUGACGCCCAGGCUUUUUAUGCUCUCGUGGGCUGUCGUCACGGGCUACUUUGAGCAGAUUCUCCCAACCAAGGCAAUCAUCGCGGGCCCAUUCUUGUCUGUUCUGGGGGGUGACUGCGUGUUCAACUCAAUCACAUAUGCCCUGGCGGCUGACAUGACAGACGACUAUGUCCUUCGUGCCACCUAUUUUGGGUGGAUGAGCUCUGUAUCGUAUGUUGUCGCCCUGCUGGGCCCUGCGCUUGCGUCUGCCACCAUGUCCGUCGUGCUAUGGUUCCCUUUCUGGAUUGGAAUCGUCUUAUUAAUCCUUGCAAUCCCGGUGAUCAUUUUCUUGCCUAUCAAAGGUGGCUGUUCAGUCAAUCAUAUCGAUUAUACUGAGCGCGCCGCGGAGCAGUCACGCCCCCUUCUCUCGUCCCCUAUACUCAAAGCUCAACGGUCUGAAUCGUCCGCAUUCCAGUCCAUCAUGGCCCGAUUCGGUACACUGAAGUCUAUUCUGGAAUCUCAUCCACGAAAUCUCACCCUACUCUUUGCGUCCUUCUUCUUAACGUCAUUGGCGAGCUCCGACACAAAGCUCUUGCCUCAAUAUAUCUCAAAACGGUAUCGGUGGACUUUUGCAGGAGCCGGCUACCUUCUCUCCGGGAAAGCCGUUGUCAAUUUCAUCUUAUUGACCUGUAUUAUUCCUACGGUACUCCGGUCGAGACAUUCUUCUCCUUCGGUGCAUUCAGGUUCCCCCGACGGCUCUACAGAUCGCGCUAAUGUUGGUUAUGCCCGGCUUUGCCUCUUGGUCUCGGUGCUAGGCGCUUUUGCCAUUGCGGUAGCAUCAAAAAUCUGGCUGUUGGUGCCGUCUCUUUUGGUCUACGCGCUCGGCUCCGCAUUGCCGGUCUUCACGUUGUCGUUGCUGAAGUCGUCCGCCUUGGCCCCGAGCCGAGACAUUGACAUGGAAAUGGACGAUGCUGAGACUCCAACAUUUUCUCUAGUCAUGAUGACAAAGACUUUGGGGUCAUUGGUUGGGGCACCGCUGAUGGCCUCACUCUGGGUCAGUGGCAUCUCAUCCGGUGGAGUGGCCAUUGGCCUUCCGUACUUCACCAGUGCUCUAUGUUAUGCUGUUGCCAUUGGGGUCUUCUCAAGCAUCGAGCUAUGA